CCCUGUAGAAAUUUAACAUUUUCAUAGUGAGUUCUAUAAAUACUAAAGCUUUUGGUUCUCAUUUUCAUAGCCAAAAUUUUACAUUUCCUGUAUCAUUAUCUUUUGGUUCACAUAAAAAUGCCUCUUAAUAUUGAUCUAAACACUCCAUAUAUUGAUCAUGAAAUGAUGGAAUGCAACAUAGCACCAUCCAUUAAUCUAAAUGAUCCUUCUUCAAGUAAUUUUAACUUGUCUUUUAAGGACCUACAUGGUAGUUCAUCAAAUGAAGAAUACAUGGAAGAAGCUAAUAUGUUCAAUUGUGAAAAUGAUUUUGAACAUGGUAUUUUUAAUAUUAAUGAGGACAUUGAUGUUGAUGCUUUAUAUUCAAAUGAAGUUCAUGUCAUGGAAGAAGAGAGUGAAUUUAUUCCAAAUGAAGAAGAUGGAGAGGAGACUGAAUUUAAUCAAUAUGAAAGUGAUGGAGAAACUGAAAGUAUUGCAGCUAUGUCCACAAUGGUUCAACAUGAACCUGAAACUUUUAGGAAAAAAAGAUCAUUUUUAAACAAUGAUCAACGGAAAAUAAUUGCUCAAUUAUUGAUAAAGAAUAGUUGUGGUGGAAAACUAAAAUCCGGAACUGUUAUAUGGUUGGCAUCCAAAUACUCGGUAUCCAUCGAUGUUAUUUAUCGAAUUUGGAAGCAAGUAUCUCAAACAGGUGAUGCGUCUCAUAAAAGAACAAAAAAUUGUGGUCGGAAAAGAGUUGCGGUAGAUAUUGAAAAAGUGCGGGAUAUUUCGUUAGCUAAACGUAGCACUCUUCAGAGCCUCGCAUUUGCCUUGGGCAUUAGCAAAACAGCAUUGUUUAAGUUUGUAAAGGAUGGGACUUUGCGUCGGCAUUCAAAUGCUCUAAAGCCACAAAUGAAAGAUAGCAAUAUGAAAGAUCGUCUUAGAUUUUGCUUGUCCAUGCCUGAAGAAACUAGUCUUCCUCAUGAUCCGGAGUUUAAGUCUAUGCAUAAUAUCGUCCACAUAGAUGAAAAAUGGUUCUACAUGACCAAAAAAUCAGCUAACUACUACCUUCUUGAAAAUGAGGAUGAGCCAUAUCGCACAUGCAAAAAUAAAAAUUUUAUUGGAAAAGUCAUGUUUUUAGUAGCAGUCGCUAGGCUUAGAUUUGAUGACGGUGAUAAGGAGAUAUUUUCGGGAAAAAUUGGCGUCUUUCCUCUUGUUCAAAAAGUUGCAGCAAAAAGGUCAAGUAUCAAUAGAGCUUCGGGUACACUUGAAACUAAACCGAUUACUUCUAUCACUAAAGAAGUUAGUCGAAAUUUUCUAAUCAAUAAAGUGUUACCUGCAAUUAAAGAAAAAUGGCCGAGAGAACAUGCAAUGGAAACAAUUUAUAUACAACAAGAUAAUGCUCCGUGUCAUGUUUCUAUUGACGAUGAAGAAUUUCGUAAAGCAGCUUCUGAAGGAGGAUUUGACAUCCGUUUAUCUUGUCAACCACCGAAUUCUCCUGAUUUAAAUGUUUUAGAUCUGGGUUUUUUCAAUGCCAUUCAAUCAUUACAACAAAAGGAAGUUUCAAAAUCAGUUGAUGAACUCAUUGAAGUUGUGCAAAACUCAUAUGAUAAUUUUUCUAGCAAACAAUCUGACAAAAAUUUUCUCACACUUCAAUCUUGUAUGAUUGAAAUCAUGAAAAUUAAAGGAUCUAAUAAUUACCGAAUUCCCCAUAUGAAGAAAGAAGUGUUGCUUAAUCGAGGCAUACUACCUACGCAACUAAAAUGUGACCGAGAGAGGUUGGUUCUAGAUCAUGGAAUUUACAUGGAGAAGGAAAUAUGA